UGCCACGUGGCCUCAGUAACUCUCUGACGUCGGUUUUGUUCCUCGCGUGAAACUUUCUUGUGUCUGAACUUCCUGUUGGGCUUCAGGCGCUCAGCGCUGAUCUGAGAGCAGCUCUUCUGCCCGCGGCUGCACCGCCCCGCCCCGGCCGCAGGGGGGCGCCAUGACACCGCCGCGUCACACGCGCGCUGCCUUCCAGUGCUGUCGGAAAUUAGACGACCGGGAAACAACAAAGCAGAAGCCCUCGUCACGUCUGAUGUUUUCUGAUGUAUUUGUAAAGUACGACAUCGCUGGUUCAGGCCAUCAGUCUUCCAAAUCAGAGCGGAAACGAUUAGUUAGUUAAUCGAUUAGUCGGUCGUUUAGGUCGAAAUUCUCUGGUUCUUUAAGAAAAUCUGGAAACUUGUGACAGGGUUUUUUUUUUUUUUUUUUACUAUUUCUGACGUUUUAUAGAUUAUAUAGAUUAUUAUAUUGUUUUAUAGAUUUAACAAUUAAUCAGUGGCUCCAUACAGGUUACUGCCUGACUGAUAAUCAGAGGCCGUACCUGCAAGGCAACGCUCAGGGCUGUAAAAACAACGCAAACUCCUCUGCACACCUUUUAGGUUAAAUAAAAUAUUAUAUUUUUUACGCUCAGUGUUCUCCUGAAAUCUGCUGGAAGUGAACAUUUGGAAAGCGUGAUUUUAUUAACAUGUUGUUUUUAGUCUGACGCUCACUUUACCUGCCGGCUAAUUAAAAAUGAUUUCAGUGUCAAACGCUGUGAACGUCUGGAGGACAGCAAAAGAGAAGAAACGGAAAUAUAGAAAUUCAGUGAAACGCUGCUGCGGCGCUCGUCUGCUCGAUGAAUCCUUUAGUCUGUCUUCUGCCGUUUUGCUUAAAAAGUGACUAAAACGAUUGAUCGGUUAUCAACUAGUUGCCAGUUCGUUUUGUUUCCGCCUACUGACCGGUUAACCGACUAAUUGUUGCAGCGUGUUAAUUAAAUGAAGCUCUGGAUUCGGAGGUUUCCGCGGGUCCCUGAACGCAGCGCAGGCGGGUCUCUGCAGGUCUUGAGUCUCAGCAGCAGCUUGUUGAGUUGGAGUCGCGGGUGGAGAACUGAGGAACCGUUUCAUCACCGCGCAGACUUUCAUUCGAUCCGUUUGUGUGGGAUCGAUCGGAGCCGAUCGGAGCCGAUCGGAUCGAUGGAUUAGAGGAGCGGCUGCUGCACAGGUGAGAGGUGGUGGGGGGCCGGGACGUUGCCGUGAAACCGAACAGCUGUCUGACCUCUGACCUCCGCUGCGGCUGGAGGAGAAACAAACUUUAUUGAAAAGAAAAUUGAUCCGCACUGACGGAAGAAGAUACGUGAGAAGCGCGUGAGCCGCUGAAGCUGAGGUGAGGCAGAUCCCUCGAGUAUCGGUGUGGCGGUGGUUUUCGUCGCGUGCUGGCGCAGACAUGGAGGGUGUGUGCGUGUGGCUGGUGUGUGUGUGCGUGCUGAGUGUGUGUGUCGGGGCUCACAGUUCAUUGGACAGAAGCGACCACGCCCACCUGGACCAUCAACACCAUCAUCUGGUUUCCAACGGCAACAGAGCCUCAGAUCUGUGUGUGCUGGACCAGCAGCUCUGUCAGGACGAGAACUCGCUGCUGAGUUUCGAGGCGAUCUGCAGCAUCCACAAACUGAUGGACGACGACGCCGACGGGUCGGUGGACACGGCCGAGACGGACGAGUUUCUCAGGGAGGAUCUGAAGUAUCACGACCCCAAAGCCAAACACAGCAGCUUCCACCGAGCCGACCUGCACAUCAGCGUGGAGGACAUGUGGACACGCUGGAAGAGCUCCAUAGUGUAUGGCUGGACGGGGCAGCAGGUGGAGGACUGGCUGCUCCGCAGCGUGGAGCUUCCUCAGUACGCAGAGACCUUCAGGAAGCUCCAGCUGGGCGGGAAGGACUUACCCAGGCUGGCGGUGAAGAACACCACCCUGACGGUGUCCCUGUUGAAGAUUUUAGACAGAAGUCACACUCAGAAACUGCAGCUCAAAGCCCUGGACAUCGUGCUGUUUGGACCUCCGGCAGGCCAACAGAACCGGUGGAAGGAUCUGGUUCUGGGUGCGUCCAUCCUGAUGGCGCUGGGCGGCUGCUGGUUCGCCUACGUCCAAACCAGGAAGUCCAGAGACGACCUGGGCCAGCUGAUGAAGGACCUGGAGGGUCUGCAGAGGGCCGAGGAGAGCCUGAUGGACCUGCAGGAGAAGCUGCAAAAGGCUCAGGAGGAGCAGCGCUGCGUUCAGGUGGAGAAGGUGAAGGUGGAGGAGCAGCUGAGGAGCGAGAUUAACUCGGCCAAGGAGGAAGCUCAGCGGCUCCGAGAGCUUCGAGAGGGAACCGAGAACAAGAGGAGCCGGCAGAAAUACGCCGAGGAGGAGCUGGAUCAGGUACGUAUGGCGUUGAAGAAGGCGGAGAGGGAGCUGGAGUUGCGGGCUCACUGGGCGCCACCGGAGGCUCUGCAGAAGUGGCUGCAGCUGACGCACGAGAUCGAAGUUCAGUACUACAACAUCAAGAAGCAAAGCGCAGAGAGGCAGCUGCUGCAGGCCAGAGAGGGGGCGGAGAAGAUCAAGAAGAAGAGGAGUUCUCUGUUCGGGACGUUUCAUGUGGCUCACAGCUCCUCACUGGACGACGUCGACCACAAGAUCCUCUCCGCCAAACAGGCCCUGGCCGAGGUGACGGCGGCCCUGCGGGAGAAGCUCCACCGCUGGCAGCAGAUCGAGUCUCUGACGGGUUUCUGCGUGGUCAAUAACCCGGGUCUGGGAGCGCUGGCUGUCGCCCUCAACCUGGACCCGUCCUUCCUCGGCCUGCGACCUCCGCCCCCGCAGCACCUCCUCCUCUCCGAUGACCUCGACGACAUGGACGAGGACAUCCUGUCUCCUGGGACGAUGCAGUACGCAGCAUGGCAGAUGGACCGGCGAGUGAGUGACCUCUGGCCCCUGAGUGGCAUCGCAGACACCCAGUCACCAUGGAAACACUCGGCUCAGAGUCUGAUGCCCCUGCGACAGAGGAUGGGAGACCCCGCUCUGACAUUCAGCUCUCAGAGGUUGGUUGAAGGGCGUGGCCUGUUCACAUCGUCCCGCCCUCCCAGCGGCCACGCUCGACAGAAUCGCAGCAGCUCCAUUGGCCAGCUGGAGUUCCUCCCCAUGCCCUCCUCCCCUCUCUCCUCCUCCCUGUCUCACCCCUCUAUCGGCCCCACCUCUCCUCCUCCCCCCAACUCCUCUUCUUCCUCCGCCGGAGGCACCGCUCAGUUUUCUGCUCUGCUCUUUCGUGCUUCUUACUUCCAUUCUCUGGAGGCAGCAUCCAGCCUCCCGCCUGCAGGGGGCGCUGCGACGAGCCAGAGGCAGCGCUGUCGCUCUGGCAGCUUCGGGGACAUCAUGAACCGCUCAGACUCUGACUCCGCCCUCCCUCUCUCUCCCGACGAAUCGCGAGGCCUGUACGGCUCCAAGCCCUUCCUCGUCUCAUCCAGGCUCCACCCCCUGCAGGGUCAGGGCUCCGGGGCCGGCGGAGCAGGAGGCCUGGAGAAGAGCUCCAGCCUCGGGGAGCUGAGGGGCAGCGCCGCGGCCACGCUCGCCCCCUCCUGCUCCACCCGCUCCCUCUGCGUCACGUCCGACGCCACCGACGCCCCGCCCGUCUUCUCGUACUCCGCCUCGUCGGGCAGCGGUCGGGGGCCGGGCCUCCAGCUCCCGGCCAGGAGGAGCCCCGCGGAGGAGGAUGGAGGUGAGGAGAGCGAGUCGUCCAGCGGUCGGAGGAGAAACGCUUUUAACAAGAUCUUUAAGAAGAAGCAGGGACGUCACUGAACCGCAAGAAUGACUCUGCUCCUGAUCUCAAAACCUGCUUUUAUCUGCCACCGACUCACGACGAGAUCUUCAUCUUCAUCGCGACGAACGAACCAAACUGUCGCUCACAGGGAACAUCUGUUUUUAACGCUUCGCUCGUCCUUUAUUCAAGCGAUUCUUUCUGAUCUUUGCUGUUAGAUCAGAUUUGGACUCACUGACGCAAAAAGUACGACACAGGACACAAAGCAACCCAGAGGACUUCUUCAUAAAGAGAAACUGUGACAGAAGAUCAUCUUCCAGCUGGACGCAGAUUCAGAGAAGAAAUGUAAAACAUGUACUAUAAAUAAUCGCCUAAUCUUUAAAUUUGACCCUUGUCCAACAGUCUCAGCGUGCAGUGCUAAAAUCAUUUAUGUCCAUUAGAGAAAUAAAUGGGGUUGUAGAAGCCACAGACUGUCACAGGUUUGAUUCUGAAAUACCGAUGAACAAGACACAGAGAAGCUACUCUUAUUGGAAGGUGGGUGUUAGCUAACCAAACAAAGACUCUCCGGCCUCGUGCGAUGACACGCUGCCAAAAGUUUGUCCAAUGAGUGAGCGACUGACGAGUCACGUGACUCAUGUUAACAAGACAAACAGCUAGAAGUGGAUCACAGAGCGCUCUCUGUAACGACGCAGUCGCACUCUUCGAUGUCCAGCCAAUCAGAGAGAGGCGCCGACCUCUCAUUCAGGAAAUAAAUGGAGCAGCAGUAGAAGAAGAGAUGCCGACUGUGACGGCGGUUAAUGGUUUCGUAUGUUUACAGUGUAUCUAGAGUUUCAUACUGCAGCUUCAGGUGGUAUUCACACCAAAUCGGGCGUUGCGGUGAAAACGCCGGUCCUCCCGGUCGUUUGAAUGAGCGUCGUGCGUUUAGGCUGCGGCGGCGGGGACUGCAGGAGCUGCUAAAAAACUAAAUGCAGCAGCCCUGCCGGCUGAAACGAGUCCUCCAGCAACUCCGUUACUAAAAAUCUUAGUUUUAAAUGUUUUGUUUAAUCCAUGUUUCGCACAGACGAUUAUUGCUGACGCCGUGCGAUCAGAGACGUUCAGAUAGCGAGGGGCGCGGGAGACAGGAAGCGUCCAUGAAAACUCGUAACUUGUAACCAGCCGACCACAACGGCUCGACGCCUCUGCGUCAGCGUCUCAGCAGAAAGCUUAACGGCAGCCUCUGCAUGACGGCCGGCGGAGGCUGGCGGCUGCGUUCGUUAACCACGUACAUCAGCGCGGCGGCUAGUUAUGACCCGGAGUUAUUAACCACAGAAAAUAAAAUGCUGCAGUCAGUCUGUGAAGGCCUGAGCUUCAUUCACGUUAAUAUUAUUAUUAAUUAUUAUUAUUAUGUCACAGUUUGUUUCUGCCUCCUGCAGAAGCCACGAAGAGUGAAGGCUCGUGUUACUGAGCUGUGGCCCGGCCGAAGCUUAGUAUAUAACUUAGUAUAUAAACCUUUUUAAAGCAUUUCAGAACACGUUUUCUUUAAAACCCAGAAUGUAACGCGACACUUAAAGGCACAGGACGGGUUCAGUUUCGACAGAUAAUAUCGCUGUAUUCAAUUUAAGCAAUAAAAAUGUAGAUUUUUCUAAAAAGGAAACCAGUUAGUUGUUCACUUUAAGAGACCUGUCUUAAAAUUAUGUCUUUUGCAUAUUUACUAUUUCUCUUUAAUAAAGCAAAAGUAUUUCUUAUCCGAUCAAUCGAUCCGAAUAAUCGAUCGCUGCAGGCCUCUUACCGAGCCGCACAACCCUGCGCUGACCGCUGACCGCUGCCCGCUGCCGCGCCUGACUCGUGACUCCAGCCGGUCCCGAGGGCUGAUGCUGCGUUCGGGUCACAUCGGAGCGAUAGUUAUUACCAGUUUCCGACUUGUAAAUUGUGUUUACGUCAACAUCCAAGUCGCAAUUACGACAUUUUUGAAAGCUUUUUGACUUAUGUACCUUUUGAUGCUAAAUAAUAAACACCUCCCGGCAGGAUAUAUGGAUUAUAGCGCCACAUUCGGCCAUGAACAGAAGUUUUAAACAGUCACGCAGUAAGCGUUUGCGUUGAUGACGACCGUGUGAACGCACUGUUAAACGAGUGUGCGGUGGAUUGUGGGAUGCUGCAGGUCUCCGAGGCUUUGAAACAUUACGACGGAUCCGGUCUGGAAAUAGACUCAGAGGAUCCGGUCUGGAAUCGGGCUGCAGUCUGCCUGUUAACGUGGCAGAUGCAUGAUGGGAACUCACACGGUCUUCUGUAAAUGCCUUUUUAGUUUCAUGAGUUUGUGUACAAGCAGACGACGGUCGGAUUCAACCCUUUUAUCAGAGACUUUCUUAUUUAAAAUCAUCAUUUUGUCAGUUUUAGACAGUUUUAUUUGGAGCUGCGGCGAUUAGUCGAUCACCAGACAAUUAAUUAGCAGCUGCUCUGAUAAUCAAUUUAUCGUUCUCUGUUUCCAGCUUCUCCAGCGUGACGCCGCUUUUAUCUGUUUUAUUUGAUUGUAAACUGAACAUCUUCGGGGUUUUGGACAAAACAUUUUGAAGAAGCAACUUCUGGCUGUCGGAAAUCGACUAAUCAGAAGAUCAAUAAUCAGUUCAGUUUUAGAUGACAUCUAACGUUUGGCUUCUGUUAUCUCUUGAAAAAGUAAGAUUUUGUUGUUAAACUCAGGUAUUAUAUUGAUGUUCGUAUGGAAAGAGUUCCAGUGACACUCGGACGUGUGAUGUUCACACAACUCACCAAAACGAGCCGCGUCCUCGACGAAGACGCCGCUCUGCCGUCCGCCAUCGUCUUUAACGUGUUCUCACUGUUUGAUGUUCACCUGUACAGGAAAUAAAGAUUUUACUUGGAGAUGGAGAAAUAAAAAUAAUGUCAGCAAA